AUGUCUGACAGCAUUUCAAGCACAAACGCUCAAUCCUCUACUAACACUGAACAAUCUAGUAGAAGUCGUCAUAGUCGAGGCGGGCGAGCAGGUGGACGGCCGUAUCAUAGAAGAGGGCAGGGUGAACGACAUUCCGAGAAUGCUGCACAGAGUUCAAAUGGCAUAUGUAAAUUUGACAAAUUUGACAAGACUGAACAAACUAAAGUUAUUUUUACUCGCGAUCCCGAAAAGCCUUUUCAAGACUACAAAGAUACUGAUGUUCCUUUCAAGGAUGAGAAAUUAAAUGUUUUUUGUGAAGAUGAGGAAAUUUAUAAUGAUAUAAUGGUCAAGUUGAGAUAUAAUUGUCCGGGCAACAAAUGCGAAGUAGUUUGCAAUGGGUGGCAAGAUUUGAAAAAACAUGUGAGAAGAGAGCAUAAAUUGUGGCUUUGCGACCUCUGUAUUCAGCAUAAAAAAAUAUUUACAAAAGAACAUAAGCUCUUUACGAGCAAUCAGCUUGAUAAACAUUAUAUAGAAGGAGAUGAAACCGGGUUUACUGGGCAUCCUAGAUGUGAUUUUUGUUGUAUAGACUUUUAUGGUGAUGAUGAACUUUAUGAACAUUGCCGAAAUAGUCAUGAACAAUGUCAUAUUUGCUUACGGGCUGGAAUAAGACAUCAAUACUAUAUUAAUUAUAAUGAAUUGGAACAACAUUUCAGGAAUGGUCACUUUUUUUGUCUGCAUCAAGAAUGUCUAGACAAAAAAUUCGUAGUUUUCGAAACUGAUAUUGAUUUGAAAGCUCAUGAGGUAGAAACUCAUGGAUCCUAUAUUAGUGGGCAGAGAGCGAAACAACAUGAGGCGAGGCGGAUUGAAGUGAAUUUUAUUUCUUAUGGUGAAUCACUUAGAAAUCGGCGGAGAAAUCAAGAAAGGCAAGGGCCAGAAAAUAGAAACGAUUACAAUGAAGGUGGUAGAUCUGCGAUUGAAGAAGUUGUACGGCAAAUACAGAACAUUAAUGUAUCAGAAUCAAACUCUUCUAUGAAUGGUAGCACGAGUGCCAAUGUAAGGGCGGUAAGGCCACCCCCAGGUUUUGGUGUUUUAUCUUCUAAUGAAGUAAUUGGCCCACCAGAUGAACCACCCCCACAAACUGUCCAACGUAAUAGGACUCCUAAUCCUAUUAUCCCUCGCGUGCGGGAUGAUGAAUUUCCAACUCUAAGCGCGGCAUCCAGGGUUACUAAUAAUGCUGGCAUACCUCCCAUAAAUUAUAGUGAAAAGGUGCGUGCUAAUAGAUCGUCAAUGAUCAAUAAGCCGAAAUCGACAAUGCAACAACGAUCAACACUAAAUGGGGAUGCGAGAUCAAGUAGUGGUACUUCUUCAAAAGGAAAAGAAUUAGCACAUGUAUCUGAGAAUCAAACGACAAUCGUUUCUGAUAUUCCAAACUACAGUCAAAGGGUAAAAAAUAAUGGUCCUGCAAUUUCCAGUCGACAAGAUGAAUUUCUCCGUCGUGUCAAUGGCUAUUUGUCUAAUAAUAAGUCAAAAAUGAAUGAAUUUUGUUCGAUUAUUGCUGCAUACAGAAAUGAAGCUGUUAAUGCACAGCAAUUUAUAGAGGCUUUAUGGAAUAUAUUCAACAAGCGUAUCGACACUAUUGGAAAGGUAGUAUCAGGAUUUGUGGAUGUGUUAGAUAAUAAACCAAAAAAAAGUGCCUUGUUAAGUGCCUGGAAUGAUCGUAAAUCUAUGGUUAGUAUACUUAAUGAUAUUUUCGAUUGUUUACAAAAUAUUAACUUUAAUUCUCUCAAGAUUAACAUGGAAUUCCCUGCGUUGGAGCCUCUUAGUUCCCCGCCUCAAGUAGCCGCAAAUAAAAAUCCUAAAACCCGUAAUUCGAACAAACCAGCGCACCGUGUUCUAGUAAUAAAAUCUUCGAAUACGCGAUCCGGUAGUGCACGACCCAGCGGUACUUAG